GCCGCUGCUCCGGUGAGCCCUAAAGCCUUUCGCUUUGGGAGGACCGGCCUGGGAGGUAGCUCUGACCCGCGACCCGGCGCUCAGCACAGUGGGCUAAGAUCCAUAUCAGUUUUCUGCAACCUACGGAACUGACCAUGAAGUUGAAGGCACUUGAGAGACCAGCUGUCCAAGCAUGGAGCCCAGCCAAUCAGUACCCUGUGUAUCUGGCCACAGGAACAUCUGCUCAGCAGCUAGUUGCCUCCUUUAGCACAAAUGCCACACUGGAAAUCUUUGAGGUUGAUUUCAGGGACCCAUCUCUGGAUUUGAAACACAAAGGCGUUCUUUCUGCCUCUAGCAGAUUUCACAAGCUAAUCUGGGGGAGCUUUGGCAAUGGGCUUCCAGAAAGCUCCGGGGUUCUUGCUGGCAGCGGGGACAAUGGCAUGCUUACUCUGUACAAUGUGACCCACAUCCUGUCUUCAGGAAAGGAGCCAGUGAUUGCCCAGAGACAGAAACACACAGGGCCUGUCAGAGCUCUAGACUUUAAUCCUUUCCAGGGUAAUCUCCUGGCCUCUGGAGGCAGUGAUUCUGAAAUCUUCAUUUGGGAUUUGAACAACCUGAGUGUUCUGAUGACCCCAGGAUCCAAGUCACAGCAGCCCUCAGAAGACAUCAAGGCCCUGUCUUGGAACCGGCAAGUCCAGCAUAUUCUGUCUUCUGCUUACCCCAGUGGCAAGGCAGUUGUGUGGGAUCUCAGGAAGAAUGAGCCUAUCAUCAAAGUCAGUGACCACAGCAGCAGGAUGAACUGUUCGGGUCUGGCCUGGCACCCAGACAUUGCUACCCAGUUAGUGCUAUGUUCAGAAGAUGACCGGCUCCCAGUGAUUCAGUUGUGGGACCUGCGCUUUGCUUCCUUACCCCUGAAGGUGUUGGAGAGUCACAGCAGGGGGAUCUUGUCAAUGUCGUGGAGCCAGGCUGAUGCUGAGCUGCUGCUCAGUACUGCCAAAGACAACCAGAUCUUUUGUUGGAACCUAGAAAGCAGUGAGGUGGUAUAUAAGCUACCCACACAGAGCAGCUGGUGCUUUGAUGUGCAGUGGUGCCCUCAGAACCCUCCUGUCUUCUCUGCUGUCUCCUUUGAUGGCUGGAUCAGUUUGUACUCUGUGAUGGGUAGGAGCUGGGAGGUCCAGCACAUGAGGCAGACUGACAAAAUCUCCUCUUCCUUCAGCAAAGGCCAGCCUCUCCCACCACUGCAGGUACCAGAGCAAGUGGCCCAAGCAUUGUUAAUACCUCUGAAAAAGCCUCCCAAGUGGAUUAGAAGGCCAGCAGGUGUUUCAUUUGUUUUUGGGGGAAAGCUGGUUACCUUUGGCCUCCCUAGUGUGCCUGUCCAGCAGAUGCCUCAGUCUUGUUUCCAUCCUGUGUUCAUUAGUCAAGUUACUACAGAAUCUGAAUUCCUGAUGCGGUCAGUGGAACUGCAGGAAGCCUUGGGAUCUGGAAAUCUCCUUAAGUAUUGUCAGAACAAGGCCCAGCAAGCUUCACUGCCAAGUGAAAAGAUGCUCUGGCAGUUCCUGAAGGUGACCUUAGAGCAUGACCCUAGGAUGAAAUUUCUCAAGCUGUUAGGAUACAACAAAGAUGAGCUUCAGAAGAAGGUGGACACGUGGCUGAAGAAUGACUUGCAGUUAGGGGAGAGCCCUCAGCCUGAGGCAGUUGACCUCAAAAGUAACAGACAACAUGCCUUCUGCAGCCAGGCCUCCAAACAUACCACAGAGGAAGCGUCUCCAUCCUCAGCCUUUGAUGAGCUGGUCCCUCAGAACAUGACCCCAUGGGAAAUCCCCAUCACAGAAGGCACUGAUGGACUCCUGAGCCAGGCCCUGCUGCUUGGGGAACUGGGGUCUGCUGUGGAGCUGUGUAUGAAGGAAGAGCGCUUUGCUGAUGCCAUCAUCCUGGCUCAGGCUGGAGGAGAAGAUCUGCUACAGCGGACACAAGAGCGCUACUUGGCCAAGAGGAGAACCAGAGUCUCCUCGCUUCUGGCCUGUAUUGUGAAGAAGAAUUGGAAGGACCUGGUAUGUGCCUGUAGCCUGAAGAACUGGAGAGAGGCAUUGGCCUUGCUACUGACAUACUCAGGGCCAGAGAAAUUUCCUGAACUCUGUGACAUGCUGGGAACUCGAAUGGAGCAGGAGGGGGGCAGGGCACUCACCUCUGAAGCCAGACUCUGCUACGUGUGCUCAAGAAGUGUGGAGCGACUGGUAGAGUGCUGGACAGAGCCCCACCGUGCCUCAUGCCCCAGGGCUCUGCAGGACCUGAUGGAGAAGGUGAUGGUCCUCAGCAGGAGUUUGGAGUUGCUGCAGGGUUCUGACAGAAUGACCCUAGGUCCUGCCACAACCUACAGGGUCACCCAGUAUGCCAAUCUCCUGGCAUCUCAGGGCAGCCUGGCCAUUGCCAUGAGCUUCCUACCCAAUGACUGUGCCCAGCCAGCAGCUCAACAGCUGAGAGAUCGACCCUUUCAUGCCCAAGGUUCUGCUGUCUUGGGCCAACAGGCCCCCACUUUCCCUUUUCCCCGGGUUGCUGUAAGAACUAUCUCCCAUUCAAAAGAAGCAUCAUCUUACAGAUUGGGAACCCAGCCUUCUCACCAGGUCUCAACUCCAUCUCCAAGGCUGAGGGCCACAACUCAGUCAUCAUUAAUGAUGCCCUUCAUACCCUCCCAUACUAGCCCUUCUCAAGGCUCAGUGACACAGUCUAUAAGUGACUACAGGGUACCUGGGCCCCAGGCAACCCAGUCUCUGCCUUUUGGCCCUAGAGCAAGGCCUGGAUCUCAGGAUUCCUGGAAAGUUGCUGCAGCCCCCAUGGGAAGCCUCCAGAGGAAAAAGUUGCCAGAGACAUUUAUGCCUCCAGCACCAAUUACAAUUCCACUUAGGAGCCUUGGCCCUGAGCCACAGUGGACUCUGCCAUCACAGCCUCCUGUCUCCACUGUGAGUCGUACUCCUCCUGGAGCUCUAGGAGGACGCAGCCUGCAGCAACUUCAACAACUGCCUCCUGAGAAGAUGGAACAGAGGGAGCUGCCCCCAGAGCAUCAGCCCUUGAAGGACAGCUUUGAGGCACUUCUCCAGCGCUGCUCCCUGUCUGCAACCAACCUAAAGACAAAAAGGAAGCUGGAUGAAGCAGCCCAACGUCUAGAGUAUCUAUAUGAAAAGCUCUGCGAGGGGACACUCUCACCCCAUGUUCUGGCUGGGCUCCACGAGAUGGCCCGAUGUGUGAAUGCAGGAAGCUUUGAGCAGGGCCUCGCGUGCAGCAACUUCAGUGAGGUGUCCAGCUUCAUGCCAGUCCUGAAGGCUGUCCUCACCAUCGCACAUAAGCUGCAGGACUAAGCCAGGGGCCCUCUUCUACCACAAGGCCAUUUCUGCUGUUACUUAACUCCUUCCCACAGAAAAGGGGAGUUUUACAGCAGAUUGUUUGUUUCUCCCAAACCUCUUCCCUUGCUGUAGGGUAUGUGAUGCUGGGGGCUUGGUUCUGUACCAGCUGAAUGCCUGUUCUUUUCCCUUUAUGCCUGGCCACCUGGACUGUGUUCCGAGUGCCUUCAGCCUGGAAGGUAGUGUAAGUCAGGACUUACUUUGCCCAAUACAGCAGUCCAACAGGGCCUACACCAGGAUGCCUUACCUAGGGAUAUUCUGUUCAAAUGGCUUCAGAUAGGGUGAUCAGGGUUGUUAGUUUCAAGUCUACCUCUGUGGUGACUCAUUUUAUGGGUUAUUGCUUUUCCCUUCUGGGAUUUAUGAGCCCAACUGUACUUUUUCCCUGUCUCUGACUUCAUAUUUUGAGACCCAUAUUCUAUUGUAGCACCAGGGUCUUAGGGAGAGUUGAUUGCUCUUUACUCUGAACAAGUCAUAGACAUGAGGAUUGGGUGUUGAGCAAAAUCAAGAGAGGAAACUGGCCAUUUUAAAAAUGGAACUAGUCAUAUAUUAGUGUUACUCAGGGUAGGCUGUCAGGUGGCAGGUAGAAGCAGUGAACUACCUUUUGUUUACUUGGGCUGUGAGGUAGGAGCAAAGGACCAUAGCCCUUGACACACCACCUACCUAGGCUUGAGCCUGGCCCAAAGCCUUAAACCAUCUACUUUGUGAUUUUUGAGCCCAGUUCUGGAAUCAGAGCCCUGCUUCUCAAAGGAUUUGGGACCCUUCUUCCUCUUGGCUACCCUGUGUCUCAGGGAUUCCUUUUCUAGCUACAUUUUCAUGGCUGACCUCUUAACAGUGCAAUAAAGUGCUUUGAU